AUGCUUCAAAACGAAGUACAAGCCAGAGAAGUCGAGCCGGACGCCACUGAAACACAUUCAACGCCCCAGUCGUGGCGAGAGUUCAUCGAAGAAGAGGCAUUCUGCAGAGUGUACUUCUGUGCAUACAUUCUCGUCCAGACAAUAUCAGAAGUGUUCGGCACUCCCGUGCCCAUAAACCUUACCGACUGCGCAUUGCCUCUACCAUGUAGCGAAGCAGAGUGGGCAGCUCCAUCAGAGGAGAGUUGGCAAGCACUAUCUCUCUCGAGCUCGCGGGUUCCUACUCCCGAUUUCCGAAUGGCCCUGGCAGCUACAAUUUCCGGCCUGGCCGGCCUUUCGAGCGACGGGGUCGAAUUCGAUCAGAUUUCGGGCCUCACAUUCACAAACUACAGUUCGUUAGGUGGACAGGUGCUCGUUCUGAGCAUAUUUAUGCAUUCCUAUCACCUUUCUGUUACCAAGCGGUCCGAGAACCCCCGAGUUACAUUCCAGGCAGAUGAAGUGGUGGUGGGCAGGAUACCAGAUACUCGCGCUCCUAGCGCGUUCAAAGGGCAGUUUCCUAGUUCUUCCCAAAUUGAAAACCUGAGAAUGGCCCUCAGUCGAUGGAAGCUGGGCUGGCGACAAAACCCCGAAGCACUCAUGUCUCCCACGAAUCCCAUGGGUCCAGUUAGUUUCAAUUCAACAGCACACUACAGAGUAACGAACUUGCGACUAUUCAGCGAUUUCUCCAGUAUCCGCCGAGCUCUACGAACGCAAGACCCGCGCCGAGUCUUUCAAGCAAUGGCAGGCAUAAGCGGCUCACCCAUCCAACGAACCGAUGAUGUCACGGACGCCACCUUUUCGACCAUCGCCGCCAUACAAAUUCCCAUUCGAAUGGGCGUCCGCUUGUUCGCUCACACCGCAUGUCUAACCUGGUCCCUUGAACAUUUCCUGACCGGCUUCGAAUGCGCACUCUUCCUGGCGUAUUGGCUGUUGUCUUUGGAACGGGAUCCCUGCUCCAUGCUCUCGGAACAUGAGGCGGAGACGAGGAAGUUGGUUGCAACGCUCGUUGAUGAGAGUGGAGAGGAUGUUAUUCGUUCUCCAGAUGGGCGCGAGAUAUUGUCCGUCUCUGUGUUGAGGAUCUGGGCAUCUAUAUUUGACCACAGUUGGGUUUGGGGUAUCACUAAGACCAUGGGAACUUCCUUGGGUCUGUUUGCGGACCACGUAUCGCGUGCUGUCAUGUCUUCACCUUAA